AUGGCAAGACCACGAAGAAAAUACAAGAAUUCUCGACCUAAGGUUCGUGUGGGUCUUCCAAAGAAGAACCCUAAAGUUUUGAAACCCGCUUUCACCAUUCCUCCCAAACUGUUACAAUCCCUUGCAGAAGACCCUAAAUGGGAUGAAAAAGGAAGCGUCACACAAAACUACAACUCCUUCGGUGUCGUCAAUGACCCUAACUCCCUCACCGAUAAUCUUCAAGCUCCUUCUGUUUCCGAUGACCCCAACGAUUCCGGCAGUGAUCUCGAAGAAGACGAUUUGAAAUCGGCACUGGGAAAGAGGAGAAGAGAUGGUAAAAGUGCACUUCCUCAACCUUUGACUUCAAUUCAGCGUCUUUAUAUUAGUCGUCUAGUUGAAAAAUAUGGAGCUGAUUUUCAGGUUUGAUUUUCAUUUUUGCUUUUCUGGAGGACCUUUUGGUUUGGUUA